AAUACGGUGGCUUGUUGUUACUACUACAUGUGAGUGUAUUUCUUGCAAUAUUUCUAAUUUUUUAGAAAAAAAAUUCACCUUUAGCUUCAAGUUUCCUCAAGGUAAAGUGGGAUUUCAGUUUCUGUUUUCCUUUUUCUGCAAUUUUGGUGGGAGGAUUCCAAUGUCUGUUGUUGUUCUAACAAAGUGAAGAACAUGCUUUCCUUUUUGUCUAUUGUUCCUGUGUGAAUCUCAAAAAUGGUGUUUUGAGUUGGAUUAGGCUAGUUUUAGGAAUAGGAAAGAAAAACUCAGAGAUGAAGUUCAUGAAGCUGGGAUCUCGCCCUGACACAUUCUACACCACAGAGGCUGUGAGGUCUGUUUCAUGUGAAGUUUCAAGUGAUCUUAUAAUCCAAGUAAAAGGGAGCAGAUAUUUACUCCAUAAGUUUCCUCUGCUAUCCAAAUGCCUCCGCCUGCAGAAGCUGUAUGCAGAGAGCCCUGAGUCGACCUCGGAGCUCCAGCUGAUCAAGCUCCACGGCUUCCCGGGAGGGGUGGAGGCGUUCGAGCUCUGUGCCAAGUUCUGUUACGGCAUCACCAUCACGCUCAGCGCCUUCAACAUUGUCUCGAUCCGUUGUGCAGCAGAGUAUCUCCAGAUGACAGAGGAUGUGGAGAAAGGCAAUCUCAUAUACAAAGUUGAGGUGUUCUUGAACUCUUACAUCCUUCAAGGCUGGAGGGACUCAAUUGUGACAUUGCAGACCACCAAGGCUUUCCCCUCACUAUCGGAGGAGGUGGGGGUGACCGGUAGGUGCAUUGAGGCAGUUGCCUCGAGGGUUUCGGCCCACCCGGAUAAGGUAGGCCGGGCCCACAGCUGCUAUUCGAGCAAUGGAACAGAGAGCCAUAGGCAUAAGGAUAAGGAUAAAGGGUGGUGGGGUGAGAACUUGGCAGAAUUGGAGAUAGAUCUUUAUUGGAGAGUGAUGGAGGCAAUCAAGUCUGGGGGGAAGGUCCCCCCUCACCUCAUCGGGGAUGCUUUGAGAGCUUAUGCGUCGCGUUGGCUCCCAAACUUGGGUAAGGCAAUGGAUGCUGAAGGUGAAGGUGAUGAUGAUGGUGAGGUAGAUUCAAGAAAUAGGCUGAUUUUGGAAUCAAUUGUUAGCUUAUUACCAGCAGAGAAAGGGGCUGUUUCUUGCAGUUUUCUGCUGAAACUGCUCAAGGCAGCUAAUGUGCUAAAAGCCUCUGUCUCAUCCAAGAAAGAGCUGGGAACAAGGGCAGGGCUUCAACUAGACGAGGCCACGGUUGCUGACAUUCUACUGCCCCGUUGCUGUGAAAAUGGGACGAGGCAUGAUGUGGACACCGUUUUGGCCAUGUUGGAGGAGUUCGUGUGGCGGGGGCCGAGCCCCCCUAGAGUUGAUGUUGAGUUUCAAGAGAUGAGGAGAUCAUCCUCUGCAUCACACACCUCCAAUCUCAAGGUUGCAAAGCUUGUUGAUAGAUUCUUGCAAGAGAUAGGUAAAGAUGCAAAUCUGCCUAUGUCCAAAUUCAUUUCCAUUGCUGAAGCAGUCCCAAAUUUUGCAAGGCUCAAUCAUGAUGAUCUCUACAAAGCCAUUGAUGCUUACCUAAAGGAGCAUCCGGAGCUGAGCAAGGGCGAGAGGAAGCGUCUGUGGCAAAUCCUCGACUGCAAGAAGCUAUCCGUGGAAGCUUGUAUGCACGCUGCACAGAAUGAGAGGCUCCCUCUAAGGGUGGUGGUGCAGGUCCUUUUCUUUGAGCAGGCACGGGCUUCAAUGGCGGGUGGCCAGCUUCCAAACAACAUGAAGGUGCUCUUGGAAGGGCAGCCGACUCCUUCAAAGGCGAAGACCUCGUUCAGCACCUUGCCACCGGAGGACCAGUGGAGCGCCUCCGGUAUAAAGUCCCCAAAGUCUAGUGUUUCGACACUAAAGAUGAAGCUGGCUGAGGAUCACGAUCGCGUGGCUAAGCCUUCCAAGAUGCCUAGCAAACCUAAGAGUAUUUUCAGCAAACUCUGGCCUAUUAGUACAAGUGGAAGUCCAAAGAAUUGACAGUUUUUUUUUUUUUUUGCUCAAUAUGCUCUAAUUCUAGAAGACGUCAUUAGGAGAUUUGGACUCAACCAAGAUUAGCUAGAUCAUAAGGGAAUAGUUUACUUCAUUUGUAAUUUUGUAUAAUAAAUGUAUUUCUUGUCAAUUAUAAUUGUAGCUUGUUAUAAGGUGUUGAUGAUGACUUAA